AUAUACCGGUAUAUUAUCUAGAAGAUUAUUUCUUUCUGUUUUGAUUCCCAGACAUUGCUACGACCAUUGUUGUAGGAAAUUGCCCAAUUUCACCUCACUGGUCCAAAUGUUUUGACUGACUACAAAUAAUGUACAAUAUCUUUGUUCAUCUCUCUAUGCUCGUGACAUUUAGUGACGAGUAAAAUAAUUUCAUUCUUUUCCACUAGAUGGCAGAAGGUACGGAAUUAUUGUGUAUUCACUUUUUACGAUGUUGUUGGUGGUGUGCCAAGGUAUGAGAUUUGAAAAAUAUUUGUUCUGGCUAUAAAUUUAUUUGUCAGGUUUGAUGUACAGUAUUACAAUUCUAUUAAUUGUUGUUCUUAUUUUGCCAUUGAAUUGUUAAUUUAAAUGCUAUUCAUUCAGCCAUGGUUGGAUAAUAUAAAAUAUUCAAAACUUAUAAACAAGAACACAUGUAUUUAAUAUCUUGUAUGUAUUUAGAAUCAUUUAGCAAAUUACUUUAUAGAUAUGUUAAAUUUAGGGCAUUUUUGUGUGGGUUAUCUCCAGGUACUCCGGUUUCCUCCCACAUUACAAAAACAUGCAUUUUAGGUUGUUUGGACACUGUACUGUAAAUAGUUCCUAGGCAUGACUGUGAAUGGUUGUUCGUUUGUGUUCACAGUACUCUGUUAUUUGGACUGAAGGGUGUUGGGAUAGGUUCAGAUAACGGAUGGACCUUUUCCUUUAACAACAUUCAACAAUUAUACCUGCACACUUUUACUACAAAGAUUCCGCAAUUUCCAAAUAAUGUCCAAAAAUUUGAAAUCCCGUCAGACCACAGAACACUUUUACACUUUGCAUCUGUCCAUUUCAGGUGAGCUUGGACCCAGAGUAGCCAACAAAGUUUAUGGGUGUUGUUGAUAAAUGGUUUUUGCUUUGUAUAGUGGAGGUUUAAAUUGCACCUACGGAUGUAGCACCAAACUGUAUUGACUGAAAUUGGUUUUCUGAAGUUUUCCUGAAUAAAAAUAAAUAAAAUAAAAAAAAUUCAAUGUCCAUGGUUGUUUCCCAAAAAACGUUUAUCAGUUUGAACAUCAAAUAUUUACUGUAUGCAAUGUAUUAAAUUAAAUAUAGGUUGAAAAUUAUUUACGAAUCAUUGUAUUCUGUUUUUAUUUAUGUUUAACACAAAGUGCCAACUUCAUUUGAAUAGUUUGUUUAUGAAUAUAGAAUUAUGUGUUUUUGCCCAGUAAUAAGCCUGGAAAGUAAUUGGUUACUAGCAGCCUCUAAGCAGCUCUGUCACGGGCAUUACAUGUCCACUUCCAAACAAAGCAGUCCGACCCCACCACCCCACCAUCCCUCACAAAUGCCUUUCUGUCCUUCAUAAGAGCAUUAAGCAAAGAUUUCUCAUGUGGCACCAAGUGGGAAUAGACUAACCAUAGUGUCAGCGCAACGCCACUUCAGAGUCUAGAGGCAGAGUAAGCAUGGAGUUUGUUUACGAGCUUUUAGGGGACAAUGCUUGGCUGUACAUAAGUGCCACCUUUGCCGUGUUGUGGAUUGCCGCGUGGUUGUACAGAGACAGCCUGGAGAUCGAAGACGUGUCCAACAAAUACGUCUUUGUGAGCGGCUGUGACUCAGGCUUUGGAAACCUUCUGUGCAAGAAGCUGGAACGAAAGGGCUUUCACGUGCUGGCUGGCUGCCUGACCGAAAAAGGAGCCGAGGAGCUGAAGAAGAUGACGGGGCCCUACUUGAAGACGGUACUACUGGAUGUGAGCAGUCAGGACAGCAUCCAGAAAGCCAUGGAAUGGACCAAGAAGGAAGUUGGCGACAGUGGGCUCUGGGGUAUUGUGAACAACGCUGGCCGCUCUCUGCCCAUGGGUCCCACUGAGUGGAUGAAAGUGGAAGACUUCCACAGCACGCUCAAGGUCAACAUGAACGGUGUGAUCGGCAUGACCGUCACUUUCCUUCCCUUGGUCAAGAAAGCCCGAGGGCGCGUGGUCAACGUGGCAUCUGUACUGGGCCGGGUGGCAGCAAACGGCGGCGGCUACUGCAUGUCCAAGUUUGCCGUGGAGUCUUUCUCCGACUGUCUCAGGAGAGAUAUCAAUUACUUUGGGGUGAACGUGUGCAUCAUUGAGCCGGGCUUCUUCAAGACAGCUGUGACCAACCUCGAGCCCAUCGAGAGGGAACUGCACCGCUUGUGGAACCAGCUCAGCCCUGAAGUGCAAGCAAGCUACGGAGACAAAUACUUGGACAAGUACAUUAGGAUCCAGCGCUUCAUCAUGAACGCCAUCUGCGAUACGGACCUGACCAAGGUGACAGGCUGCAUGGAGCACGCGUUGACCGCUGUGUACCCUCGGACCCGCUACAGCGCCGGGUGGGACGCCAAGCUCCUGUGGAUCCCGUUGUCGUAUAUGCCGUCCUGCGUGGUGGAUAUCGGACUCAAGCUGGUUCUGCCCCGUCCGUCCAAGAGUGUGUGACCACUCACAACUUGAGUCGUUCACCCUGGCAUAGAGGAUGCUGUGAAGCAAGUAAUACUUAUCUGAAAUGCAAAUUAAUUAGUCUAUAAUUACAAAUAUAUUUAUACAUUAGGUGCAUAAUGCCACUAAUUUAAACUGAAUAAAUAUGCUUCUCUUAUGUGA